CUGGUUUGACCUCUUGAGCAUUCUGGCUUGUCUGCCGUCAUCUUUUCGAUUUGGACUGACAGACAGACAAAGUCGUCAUGAGGAUCACCGCCUUUGUCCGCUGUAAUCAACGCCGUGCGUACGCGACCUCGGUAGCCGGUUCGCUAGGGAAAGCUGUCGAUCAACUCGUCAACGCGGUCAAUAAUCCCAAGAAGGGUCCCCGAGCAGAGGGGACCAUCGCUUCGGUCUUUGCCUCUUUGUCGGGCGAGGAGGCUGUCGCUCUUCCAGCUCGGUUUGCUGAUCUGAAACGAGAGAUCGCGGGAUCGGAGAGCGCCAAGGAAGCUCUGACUGCUUCUUGGAAAGACCUCAUAAAAGACCUGGAUCACACGACUCGAGAGAUCGCCAGGCAGGGAUCCGACAUCGUCCCAGAUGUGACAUAUGCGGAAAUCAAAGAUGGACUUUCUACAGCUAACAUAGACGAGGUCAAAAAAAGAGGAUGCUUGGUAGUCAGGAACGUCGUACCGGAGUCCCAGGCCUUGGAAUGGCUUGAGAGCAUCAAAUCGUACAUCCAGAAGAACCCUCAGGUGAAAGGAUUCCCCGAAGACGACAAGGCAGUGUACGAGCUAUACUGGAGCAAAGCUCAGCUCGAAGCUCGCUCACACCCCGCUCAACUAGACGUCCAGCGCUUCCUCUUAUCGCUAUGGAACAAGAAGUCCGCAGACUCCGGCACGGUCUCCUUCAACCAACCUCUCAGCUAUGCGGAUCGAUUGAGGAUCCGUCGGCCGGGUGAUAGCCGAUUUGCACUCGGUCCGCAUUGCGAUGGAGGGAGCGUGGAACGGUGGGAAGAUCCUCUUUAUAGGCAAUCGUACAAGGCUAUUCUGGAGGGUCGAUGGAGGGAGCACGAUCCUUGGGAUAUCGCUUCGCGGACCGAGGCGAAUACGAAUCUCUAUGAUGGACCCGGUGCCUGUGGCGUGUUCCGAGCACUACAAGGCUGGACCUCGCUCUCUCAUACUGGUCCGAAUGAAGGUACAUUGAAGGUAUUCCCAGCCAUCAAAGAAAGCUCGGCGUAUAUGAUGUUGAGGCCCUUCUUCCGUUCAAUCAAACCGAAGAUCGCUGUCUCUCGAAAGGAUUAUCUCGCAGCGGACAACUGGGCCCUUGAUGUUGAGACAACCGACUUCCCUGGCUCGCCGCUCGGUCGCUCUCAAGAAUUCUCUGACGAGACCCACCCUCACCUCGAGCUCGACAAGACCAUGGUCUCGAUGAAGAAGGUCGUCCCCGGGGAUUGCGUCUUCUGGUACGCAGACGGGAUCCAUUCGGUCGAAGCCUCGAAUCAGGGCAAGAACGCGGCGUCGGUCUUGUAUAUCCCUUCGGUCCCGUUGACCGUGGCGAACGCGAAAUACAUCAGGGAUCAGCGGGAACAGUACCUGGCCGGCGUGCCACCUCCUGACUUUCCGGGUGGGGUCGGAGAAAGCGGCUUUAUUGCGAAAGGUCAGAACGAGGAUAUCUUGACGCAUGAAGGUCGACGAGCCAUGGGACUGGCCCCAUUCGACUUGGCAGCGGCGACCGACUCCGGAGAGCAAGAUCUUCUGGAACAAGCCAACAAGCUACUGCAAUGAUCAUGUGUCUCUUGAAG